CACACACACUCUGCUGCCGCACCGACUCGGUGAAUGUACGUGCGCGCGCGUGUGCCUGUAGCAGAUGACCGCACAAGCUCCUUUGACUGGUUUUAACGGACAGAAUCCUCAUGUACUGCGAAUGACUUGGUGAAUUUGGUCAGCCAUGGACUCUAAGAGGGAUAAAGAGCAGGAAACGGAGUGUGCAAGGAUCACAAACGGGCUUCUGAAGUCUCGAACAGGAGAAUUUGAUUUAGAAUCCAUUUUAUUUCUCAAACUGAGGAGCCUAGGAAUAUAUGAUCUUGGAUGUAUUGGAGAAUGUAUUAACCUGGAGAGACUGGAUCUUUCUGGGAAUAAUAUCACAAAUCUAUCACAGCUAGCAUCACUCAGACUGCUUGUUGUGCUUAACCUGUCAGCUAACAGGAUUUCUAACUUAGAAGCACUUGGUAGCUGUGAAAGCCUACAGAGUCUCAAUUUGGCUGGCAAUCUUGUAUCCAGCACUGAUAGCCUCCAUGCUUUGAAGUCUUUAAGAAAAUUAGAGAGUAUAAGGUUGAAGGAUAACACCUAUAAUUACUCUAAUCCAGUCUGCAAGAACACCUCAUAUAGAGGCAUCCUGCUUGAAAUGUUCCCAAACAUCAAAGUGUUAGAUGGGGAGAGGGUUGUUGGACGUGGAAGCGAUCUAUACCAACUAUGCAAAGACAUCGACGACACAAUAAAAGGCAUGUAUAAAAAUGGUCAACUUCCAGAAGUGCCAGAUUGUAAGCCUUGGGUAGAUGACGGUUUUUGGGAGAUAAAAAGAUCAAAUAAUGCCAUUGUUGAUGAAGCCUAUAAACAAUUUAAUGAUGUCCUUCAUGAAUGCAGACUGCUGAACAGCAGAGCAGCACAUGCAAUCUCACAAACCGAGAGGACCACUGGCCUCAAGAACCAACCAAAGCAGUACGCUGUUUAAAGUCAGCAGCUCAGCCAUGACAAAUACCAUUGUUGAUUAUUUUCUAUUUUGUAAAAAAACCCAUAUUUGCUACUACACAGCUUUUUCUGAGUGUUUUUUUUAAAGAUCCAUAUGCUUGACAUCACCAGUGCCAGAACUCCUGAAUAUUCAGUGUUGCCUGUAGUAUGCAAGGGUUUAGUUACUGAAACUACACCACUUCUGUCCGUUCUGAUCCUCCAUCCUUGAAAGGAUUAGGCAUAAUAAACCUGGACUCCAUUCAGACUGUCCUCUCAGGAUGCUCAAAAUCAGUCUGUAGACUUUUGCAUCAAUAAACUGUACAAGCUGUUAUUGCUUUUAACAAUGCUGCUAUUUGGACACAGAGUUUUUGUGAAGUACAGCUAAUGCUUUGUCUUUAUUGAUCGUCAUUGAAGUUUUCCCAUGUUGCUCUUGUUUAUUGCAGUGAUUUGGGAGGUGUUUUGGACUUUUUAUUGUAUGCAUUAUAGGAAUUUGCAUAUUGUUUUUGUAACCUUAGUGUAUUUUUGCAUUGUUUUGCUUUUUUACUUUUUUGCUUUGACUGUAUUUAUAGAUUUGUACCACUCCUGAAAUUGAAGUGGCUCAUGCUUUGUAAACUUGCAUUUAAAUGGAUAAAACACACCUACUUGUA